GAUGUGACCGAUUCAUAGAGUUAGUUUUGCAGAAAGAAAUGUUGCCGUUUUUAUAGUUUUUUUCUCGAUGAGGUGUCCUGCCUUUCACGGGAGAUUUGCACGAUAUUUACUUCUAGGCCCACUUUGUUUGCUUUGCAAUGUAUGUUAAGAGAUUCCUUGUUGGCUUAGCAAUGAAAACAGUCUGUCUUCAAGAGAGAUGGGGUCAGCCAGUCUGUCACAGCCUGAUUUUCCACUGUCAUUUCCAAUAACUACUACAUAAUAUCAAUGAUAUCCCAACAUAAGGGUUACAAUUCCUUCAGUAUAACCAAACAUUGUUGGAUUUUGACCUGGCCAACCUAAUCUCAUUGUUCUUUCUUGCUGCUGACAUUUCAUGACACCUUACAUGCACUCGAUUGCUAUAAGUUACACAUAGCCAAGUGUUGAGAAGUCAGUUCCGGGACUGCAAGAUACCCAGUUGGAGAUUUUGGUAAAGAAAAAUUGAAACUACCCAAUCAAUCAAAUCUGGUUGGGUUAUCUGUUUUCAGGUCAGUAACCUGCCAAAAGCUGUAUCUAGAAUUUGGUAGGCACACAUCAUUUGUGUGGAUUAUUGGGGGUAUUUGUCAGGCAUGUACCCAUUUGUGUUAGCUUUUGGGUUUUGAUUAUGGUGUCAGUCAGAUUGAAGGGAAUUCCAUGACCCUUUUGGAGUAGUAACUACUUGCUGUUUUGUUAAAAUGAUUACUAGUUAUGGUGAGGAACAACACACUGUCAUGACAUGAUGGUUGGGAGUACAAAUUGAAAGCAUGUUGUGUCCUAAACUAUGUUGGGUGAAUGGUUUUUAUGUUAAGAUUUAUGCCCUGUAAUGGUAUCGAACAAGUUAUACUAUUUGAGAUUUAUUCCAAUACGCCUAUAGCAUGUUCUAGGAGAUUAAUCAUGAGCAAAAGCACAAAAUUCACUUUCUAAACUUUUUCUAUUCUAGCAUGCCGAAUAGAUUUGCAUCCUUGUAUAGCCAGUUGCAGAGAAGACUGGAGGGCUAAAUAAGGAUAUAUAAGCUAGGAGAAUCUGUCGUUGGUAACUCUAUCGCAUAGUUACUGUCACCAACACAUGCAAAUGCCCAAGUUUCAUACACAUCGUCUUUCCAAGUAGUCAUUUUUCUCUUGCAGGGUGUUUAUAGCCAAGUUUUGAACUCGGGUUGCUAAUGAAAAGUGAAUUAGCACUUGAGCUCUCAGCCUCUUCUGCUAUUGAAGAACCCGUAAGCUAUCUCGGGGAGAAAAAUUAGAAAUGGGUGAAGAGCAAGCCCCAGCAGAGCCUAUUGCAGCUCCUGUUCUUAAUAAGGAUGUUCCAGAGGAAAAGGUUGCAUCAGAUCCGCCUGCAGCGCCUUCUAGGGAAGAUCAUACCGUUGCCGAUGACUCUAAGGCUUUGGUGGUUAUUGAAGAAGAGAAGCGUUUGGCAGAAGAGAAGAAGGAAGCAGUUGUUGAGCCUGCCCCUGAGAAAUCAGGAUCUAUAAACAGAGAUGCUGUUUUAGCAAAGGUGAAUGAAGAGAAGAGAGCAGCUCUUGUCAAAGCAUGGGAAGAGAAUGAAGUAGCAAAAGCUGAUAACAAGUACCACAAAGCAUUGACAAAUAUUAUUGCAUGGGAAAACACAAAGAAGUCUUCAACUGAAACAAAGCUGAGAAAAGCAGAGGAGAAGUUGGAGAAGAAGAAAGCAGAUUAUAUUGAGAAAAUGAAAAAUGAAAUCGCUACCAUCCACAGGAAGGCAGAAGAGAAGAAGGCAAUGGUGGAGGCUAAACGUGGAGAGGAGUUCCUCAAGGCAGAGGAGAUGGGAGCCAAGUAUCGUGCAGAAGGCCAUUUGCCAAAGAAGUUCUUGCUCUGCUUCAGUGCCUAGCAAGUUUUCAGUCUAGUUGAUGUGAAUCACCCUGUUCACAUAUGUUUAGACAUGUAGAAUAUUAAGUUAUCAUCAUUAAGCAGUAUUCUUGAGUAUAUUUCACGUCUCAAAUUGUUCAACUUUUGAUAGAUGUGUAGAGGAUUGCUUUUUAUAUUUCAGGGACAGGCCUUGUGGUUUAUAAGAAAACUGCUUGCUAGUGUUUGGUGUGCUGAUCUGAGGUCAGAUCUGAUUCUUGUAUUGCUUUGUAUGUGUGCAUAUAUGUUGAUUUGUAUAAAAUACACAUUCUACAGUGGCAUGCUGAUUGUAUGCUUUUAAGAACCAAAUAAAGAGCAUUUAUAGCUCAUAAAUUAUACCAA